AGCCCCACUCCAGCCAUGGCUGCAGCACCCACUCAGCCCCAGGCCAGAGAAAGACCUUGGAGCCUGGAGUCAGAGCGCCCUGUGCUUCGCAUCACAGCCCCCCUACCUCCUGUGCCCAGCCCAGGCCCCGGGGAAAGGCCCAGUACCACACCCCCUAGCAGAGCAUGGACUCCGACCCAAGAGGGUCCUGGAGAUAUGGGCAGGCCAUGGGCUCCAGAGGUCAGGUCCCAGACCCUGGGGCUCGGGAUGGAGGGAGCCAUCAUGACCUCUACAGCAUCAGGGGACGAUGAGGAGACCACCACCGCCAUCACCACCGUCCAGCCACCAGGCCCUUGUAGCUGGAAUUUCUCAGGCCCGGAGGGCUCUCUGGACUCCCCCACGGCCCCCAGCUCACCUACAGAUGCCGGCCUGGACUGUUUCUACUACAUUACCGUCUACCCUGGUUAUGGUGUAGAAAUCAAGGUCCAGAACAUCAGCCUCCGAGAGGGGGAGACGGUGACUGUGGAGGGCCUGGGGGGGCCUGACCCGCUGCCCCUGGCCAACCAGUCUUUCUUACUGAGGGGCCAAGUCAUCCGUAGCCCCACCCAUCAAGCAGCACUGAGGUUCCAGAGCCUCCCACCACCUGCUGGGCCUGGCACCUUCCAUUUCCACUACCAAGCCUACCUCCUGAGCUGCCACUUUCCCCGGCGUCCUGCUUAUGGAGCUGUGACUGUCACCAGCCUCCACCCAGGAGGCAGCGCCCGCUUCCGCUGUGUCACUGGCUACCAGCUGAAGGGUGCCAGGCUUCUCACCUGUCUCAAUGCCACCCAGCCCUUCUGGGAUUUCCAGGAGCCUGUCUGUAUUGCCGCCUGCGGUGGAGUGACCCGCAACGCCACCACGGGCCGCCUCAUCUCCCCGGGCUUCCCGGGCAACUACAGCCACAAUCUCACCUGCCACUGGCUGCUUGAGGCCCCGGAAGGCCAGCGGCUGCACUUGCACUUCGAGAAGGUUUCCCUGGCGGAGGAUGACGACCGGCUCAUCAUCCGCAACGGAGACAACGUGGAGGCCCCUCCAGUGUAUGACUCCUACGAGGUGGAGUACCUGCCCAUUGAGGGGCUGCUCAGCUCCGGCCGAUACUUCUUCGUGGAGCUCAGCACGGAUAGCAGUGGGGCAGCGGCGGGCAUGGCCCUGCGCUAUGAGGCCUUCCAGCAGGGCCACUGCUAUGAGCCCUUUGUCAAAUACGGCAACUUCAGCAGCAGCGCCCCCUCCUACCCCGUGGGCACCACCGUGGAGUUCAGCUGCGACCCUGGCUACACCUUGGAGCAGGGCUCUAUCAUCAUCGAGUGCAUUGACCCCCACGACCCCCAGUGGAAUGAGACAGAGCCAGCCUGCCGAGCUGUGUGCAGUGGGGAGAUCACAGACUCCGCUGGUGUGGUGCUCUCCCCCAACUGGCCGGAGCCUUACAGCCGCGGGCAGGACUGCAUCUGGGGCGUGCACGUGGAAGAGGACAAGCGCGUCCUGCUGGACGUCCGAGUGCUGCGCAUAGGCCCUGGUGAUGUGCUUACCUUCUAUGAUGGGGAUGACCUGACGGCCCGGGUCCUGGGCCAGUACUCAGGGCCCCGUGGCCACUUCAAGCUCUUUACCUCCAUGGCCGACGUCACCAUACAGUUCCAGUCAGACCCUGGGGCUUCGGUGCUGGGCUACCAACAGGGCUUUGUCAUCCACUUCUUUGAGGUGCCCCGCAAUGACACAUGUCCGGAGCUGCCUGAGAUCCCCAAUGGCUGGAAGAGCCCAUCUCAGCCUGAGCUGGUACAUGGCACGGUCGUCACUUACCAGUGCUACCCUGGCUACCAGGUGGUAGGAUCCAGUGUCCUCAUGUGCCAGUGGGACCUAACCUGGAGUGAGGACCUGCCUUCCUGCCAGAGAGUGACUUCCUGCCGUGACCCUGGGGAUGUGGAGCACAGCCGACGCCUCAUAUCUAGCCCCAAAUUUCCCGUGGGGGCCACCGUGCAGUAUAUCUGCGACCAGGGUUUUGUACUGACUGGUAGUACCAUCCUCACCUGCCACGACCGUCAAGCCAGCAGCCCCAAGUGGAGCGACCGGGCCCCCAAGUGUCUCUUGCAACAGCUCAAGCCGUGCCACGGCCUCAGCGCCCCAGAGAAUGGUGCCCACAGUCCAGAGAAGCGGCUUCACCCAGCAGGGGCUACUGUCCACUUCUCAUGUGCCCCAGGCUAUGUGCUGAAGGGCCAAGCCAGCAUCAAGUGUGUGCCCGGACACCCUUCACAUUGGAGUGACCCCCCACCCAUCUGUAGGGCUGCCUCUCUGGAUGGGUUCUACAGCGGCCGCAGCCUGGAUGUUGCCAAGGCACCUGCUGCCUCCAGCACCCUGGAUGCCGCCCACAUUGCAGCCGCCAUUUUCUUGCCACUGGUGGUGAUGGCACUCUUGGUGGGAGGUGUGUACCUCUACUUCUCUAGGCUCCAGGGGAAAAGCCCCCUGCGGCUGCCCCGGACACGACCCCGCCCCUAUGACCGCAUUACUGUGGAAUCAGCAUUUGACAAUCCAACUUACGAGACUGGAGAGACAAAAGAAUAUGAAGUCUCCAUCUAGGUGGGGGCAGCUUGGAGAAGCCAGCUCAGCCCAGCAUCACAGCCCAGCAGCAGAGUUUCCAGCUUCCUGCUGUCCCUACACCUCCUGUACAUACCAUCUGGGAAGGGAUGCCACCAAUCCCUCAAGAACUUGUGCCCUUCCCCACCUGCAAUGCCCACCAGGGCCUAUUUUCUCGGUACC